AUGGCUGCUAACGGUAGUUCAAUGCCGUUGGUAGACUCUGGCGCUGACUCUCAGGUACUCGCCAAGAUUCACCAAGCACUUGAGGUCGUUCAUAGCCCAUUCUCGACCAACGAUGCCCGUAGGCAAGCGCAGACCUUCCUCGAGGAGGUCAAGGAUUUCAACGAAGCGCCCAUGCAAGGCUACAAUCUCGCCUCCGACAAAUCGCAAUCCCCCGUUGUCCGACACUACGCCCUCUCCUUGCUCGAGCAUGCGAUCCGAUACCGGUGGUCAUCAUACACGCUAGAACAGACCGAUGCUGUGCGGCAAUGGGUCUUGAGCCUCGGCCAGGCUGUCGCAAAGGAAGACCCAGGUUACAUACGGAACAAGACAGCUCAGCUCUGGGUUGAGGUUGCCAAGAGAUGCUGGGGUGCCGAGUGGAUGGACAUGGACUCCAUGCUCUAUCAGCUGUGGGAGAUCCCAGACUCUGCGGUGCACAAGGAGCUUGUCAUGUUUGUCCUGGAGAACCUCUCUGAUGAGGUCUUUACUGGCGACGACUCAGUAGUUGCUAUGCGGGAGGGCGUCCUUAGCAAGGCCUGCGUCGAAAUAUUUACUCCUACCGCCGUAUUGGUCGAGGCCUUUCCCAAUCGACAACCCGGCCCGCCUGUGCGAUAUGGCGACGAUGGCUGGCUAAGUCGAUUGUCUCAAUUCCUGGAUUACUGUCUGAACUCAGCGCCCAAGGAUAACGAGGAGGUUAAGCUAUGUAUACACAAGGGCUUAUCCGUGUUUCUAUCGCUCAUGCCUUGGGCCAUCCCAAAGGCUGUUUCUUCUGCGCAUUGCGUCGAAGUCAUGUGCGCUGGUCUCGCAUCAUCCCAGGUUACUAUACAGAAGGCUUCGCUAGAAGCUCUCCAUGCUCUUUACUCUAGAUCAAACUUUUCUGAUGAAGAGUUUCGCGAUCUGGUUGCACCAAUGUAUAGUAGCUCAUCAAUUAACUUGUGCAAGCAACUCAUUGAAUGGUGUGCUGUGGACCCUGAGGAUCCUGAUGAGGACAGGUACCAGAACCUCAAGAAGCUAUCAGAGAUGCUUUCAUGUCUCGGAGACUACUUUGACAGGAAGUUUGCGAAACUGCCCGCCGGAACCGCCAAAGACGAGUUCCUAGCACUACUAGUCCAAAUCGUGCAACAUCAGAGCUUAAUGGUGUCUAUUCCCGUUCUCGUUACAUGGACACGGCUCCUCAGUAACCGUUUAAUUGGCCCUGGCGAGCACGUUUCCCCUUUCAUCCCACUCCUUUUGGAGACAUGCAGUUCGAGACUGGUGCGAUUCGAGAACCUGCCCGAAGAUACCCAGGACCCUACUUUCCUCUUCCUCUUGGAAGAUACAGACACAAUUCCGGAACGACACGCUUUCUUGGGAAACUACCGUCGAUAUAGUUCUCAGAUCAUCGAGGCUGUUGUUCAGCUAAAGCUGGUUGACGCGAUUUCGCACAUUCUGGGCCGCACAGAAGAACUCCUGCAGCAUCUUUACGACGGGCAGCCUCCUCUAGACAAGCAAUCAUAUUUCAAGCAUUCUAUGCCAGUCCUGCGUGUCGACGCGCAGUUCACGGUUAUCGAAGCGACGCUCAAAGGAUAUUCCAAGUGGCGCAAGCAUCGGCCUGCAGAGCAUCAACAGCAAGGUCCAGAGAUUGAAGCCAACUUGGAGUCGUGGUGUAACAAACUCCUCGAGAUGAGUUUCGAAGACCCAAUGAUCAGGAAGCGAACUCUGCAGUUACUGGUUUACUUCUCCACAACUGCACUUAACAAAAAUGCUACCUUUAUGCUCAAGGUUCUGGAGCAUAUUCUACUAACAUGGCCUGCUCUUCAACCUGAAUAUCGUGCUUUCAAUGAUGCCAUCAAAGAUUUGCAAGGUGAGAGCAUGGUCGAGUUGCAGCGAUUGGCUUCAGAGAUGCCUGAUCAUCUUCUGGGUGUAUAUGACCAAAUCGAGAACAAAGUGAACGAAAUGAUGUCGUCUGGGUCACUGGACGAGAAACGCUCUAUUGCCUAUAGAAGCUUCCUUUUCAUUAUUAUACACCGAGCCACUGGAGUAGAUGCCCAGGCUAAGAUUCAGAAGCUUCGCGAGUUUAUUGACCCUGUGAAGGCGCAAUGGCAGAAUGAGAACGUGCGAAACUCGCUCAAGUCAUAUGGUAGUUUCUGUGAGCUGUUGGGACUGGACAAGGCCCAAAACUACAUGGCCAGCCGCAGAGCACACGAGAUCGAGGAUUGGGGUUCACGCGAACUUGACGCUGAAGGACUUGCCCUCCAGAAUGAGCUCGAGGAACGUCUCAAGCUUCUCCCCCUUCGAUCGACCAAGAGUUUCCUAGCAUUCUCGGUUGAGAGACUUGAGAAAUCAUCUGAUGCCUUCAAGGCCUCCUAUGCUCUGUGGGAAGACGGUUUCUCCAACAUCUUGGCCGAUCUGCUUGAAUUCUUGAGCUUUGCACACGCGUCGCACAAUCCUGAUAACUGGGCCGGCUUGCCUGCUGAGAUGCGAUCAACGGUCCACCGAAUUCUUAGCGAUCGCUUUUGGCAGGCAGGGAUCUCUGAGGGUAGCAAGGAUGAUUUCUACGCCCGUGUUAUGGAUAAAAAAAACACGAUCGAGGGACUUGCUUCCACUAUCCGUGGGUCCGUUCGAUUUGUUCGUGAGACUGCCUAUGCUAUCAUAUAUUGCAUGAGUCGAUUGGAACGGCAAUUCUACGGGUUCGAGGGACUCUCUGCGCCCCUUUCCAAGGCCCUCUUUGCGGACUCAGUUUGGUUGUCCACGCAUCAACAGAGCAACCUCUUAAACUUGGUGAGGUACCUGGUCGACGAUUGUCCUGUUGACUGCCGGGAGCAUUUUCUUCCGCAGCUACUGUCAUCGUGCUUCCAACAGAUGGACGUCAAAAUCAAUGGUGAAUGGGAAAAGAUGGAGCGCCAGCAGCAAGUGGCUGCAGACGGUGAGGCAGGUCUUAAAGAAGAGAUGAAGGCCGAGAGCAUUCUGCGACAAGUCACUUACACAGCGGUGUUGAUGGUGGCCGACUUCCUGGAUCCGACAAAACCAAAUGCGCCAGUUGAGGACAAAGACGGAAACCCAGACCCUGAGCAGGCAAAGAACUAUCCAAGCCUCAGAAGGUUCUGUCUUAAUCAUCAGGAGGUUGUAGAGCCACUGCUUGUUUUCUGUACCCACGGUAUUCGGAUGCGCGACACUAGGUGCUGCAGCAUGAUACUGCGAUUGUUCGUGUCAUUGGUUCCUGAGUUCCAUCUUGUGGAUGGCCAGUUGCCCAAGUCAGUGCUGCAAAGUCCAAUGGAAGCGCAUCUUGCAGGGGACAAGUUCCCUAUACCUACUUCUAUUUCAUCAGCUAUCCGGGAAUACAUCUCGGUUGAUGUGCUGCAGGCUUGCAUUACAUCGUUUCAUGAACCUUACUUUGUGGAACUCCAGAAGGACCUGGCCGCAUUGAUUGCGGCUAUUGUUGUCUACUACAGCCCCAUCACAUCGACUCCCAGGGAUGUGCUGCUCUCGUUGCCCAAUGUGGACAUGGAGGACCUGGAUAGGCUGUCAACUUAUAUGGCAAAGCCCGGUUCGCACACACGUCAACAGCGAGCUAUCGUGCUGGAUCUUCUGAAGGAUCUAAAGGGGGUUAGUGUGUCCGAGAUGGGCAAACUUCCCAAGAGCAGUGGAUUUGGCGGUUCCAGGACUAAGAAAAACGGUCGCAGCAAGAUGGCGCAACAGUUUAUGAGUGAUCAGCAUGCAGGACAGGAUUCGACGCGAUCAGGCAUGAACGUUGGUCGCCAGGCAACGCCAGACGGAUUAGAGGCGGUCUCUAAUCUAUUCGAGGGUUAG